UUUCUUCACUACUUUCCUCAAGUCCUUGCUUGAGUUCUUAACUGAGGAUGCAAAGAUUUAAAUUUAUACUAUAGAGACUAAAGAUGAUGAACUACUGGUAAGCCAAAAACUGUGAACACUUACAGGGAAAAGAGGUUCAAAGAGCUUGAUGAUGACAACCAUAUUUAUGGAAGAACUCAACAGAAACAUGUCAAGAGACCACAAUCUUCGAUGAGUAGGAAAGGAAAACCUUCAAGUGUUGCUAAACAAAUACAGAGACAGAAUGAGCAGCUACUCAGAAGCGCAUCAAAAUCAACACUGAAGUCAAGGGUCUCCGAUGCUAACCGAAGUGUACUAGACCAUGUCCCAAAUCAUUUUGAGACUGAUAACUCAGGUUCCCUAAAUCAUCAAAGUUCAAGAGACAGAAUAACCGAGCCCUCUAUGCACACAAAUUUUACCAGACUAAAUACUGAGGGGCAGGCUCUAGAUGAUACAUGUGCAAGCUCAAUAAACUCUAGGAACAAAGCUGCUUGGCUUAGGAAGAUGCUUCACAGUAGAGCUGAUUAUGAAAAAGCCAAAGCUAGACUAGGUAUUGAUGUUGGUGAUGACUUUGUGCCUAACUAUAAUCCUUCUCAAAGUGUUAGGAAUACUAGGUUAUCUUUGAACACAUUGGCUUUGCUGAACCCAACAACGAAGAACACCUCCCCACUGAAAAGGUCCAGAAGCAGGUCCGACCAACGAGAAAUCUCAAAGAUCUCAAACGGAAUCUCUAUUAUCAAAGAAGAGGAUGAUUCUUUCUCAAAAGAGCCAAAGAAGAUACCAACUCGUAGCAUCAAAGGCCUGGUAGAGAAAUAUGUCCAAAGAGAGCUAGCAGCUUCGGCCAAAUACGGUGCAGGUGAUAUUAGCGAUGUCCACCUUCGCAGACUUGUUGAAGAGUCUCUUGGAAAGCAAGAGUUGUUACAAUACCAAAUCAAAGAUCUCUUCAAGAUCGUAGAAGGAGAAGUCCCCACUCUCUCAAACAUCAGCGAUCUUAUUGAAUCAGCUGUUAACAGAAAAGUCGAUAGAAUGAACAUUGAAGAAAAGGUAGAAAGGAUGGAAAACCAGAUCAAAGCUCUUGUUGGGCAUUACAAAGCUGAUCAUGAUCACACCACAGAACAGAUUUUGAACAUCCAAGAUAACAUAGAAGCUCUCAAAGAUGACAUGACUGGAAGGAUCUCUUCUCUAGAAUAUGAUAUCGCUAAGUACGAAAACAAGAAAGAUGCUAUCCAAGGCAUUAACAUGAGGCUCCACAACAUUGAGGCUGAGUUGGACCAAUUCAAGAUAAGGACUGAUACCAACAUCAAUGAAGUCCACAGAAGAGUUGAUAGCAAGAUAUUUGUCAAAAAUAGAGAUGGGCCAAGGUCCUCUCACUUACCUUAUAAUCUCACCGAAGGAGACAUUGCUCACAAAGCUGAUUCGUCAGAGGUCAGAGAUUUAUCAGAUAAUCUAUUCAAUACCCAAAAGGAGUUCUUUACAGGGAUUCAAGCUCUUAGAAAGCAAGUAGACUGCAUCAGCAGGGAUCUUUACGAACACAAGAGAGAUUUCUCACCUUUGUCCAGAAUUGAUGAGAAAACUAAGACAAAGAGUCUCAAAAAAUCCAGGAAGACUAAGAACAUAGAAAUUGAAGAGCAAAAUAUAAGGGACUUUUCUCCAAUUAUUGAGAGACAGAAGGAAAGAGAAAAGAUUGCAGAUGAAAGACUUAAUAGAAGCAUGACAGUGAGAUAUCAGUCUAUCCUGAACGAGUACAAAGGAUCUGCCCUUGCUCGCCAAGGGCAUGGAUUUAUUCACGGUAGAGAUCCCAGAGCUGAAAGUAUCCCACCGUUAGGUAUUGUGACUGAAAGAACAAGACCAAGAAGUUCGGAUCCAAGAUCAAGUACUGUGGUACCCCUCUGCGGCAAGCAUAGGCACAGUGAUUAUCCUUUGCAUGAUCCUAGGAAUCAAUUAUAUGAGACUAUUCUAGAGGAGCCUAAUAGAAGAACUGUUCUACGUAACAGAUCGCUUAGCCAUCUGAGAGGAAGCAGCCCCAGUGGAGCGUCUUUCACAGAUCUUGAAAGCAGAGCCACUAACAAAAAGAGAGUCGACAACUUGUUCGAACCGGCUAAGAACAAGCAGGAUGAGAAGAAGAAAACCCAAAGCAAGGGUAAAUUCCAGGAGCACAAUAGAAGAUCAUCCGAUUUAAGUUUUGGAGACAAAGAUUAG